AUGCACUCCCACCACUUCUCCAUCAUCUUCCUCAUCAUCUUCCUCACCUCACUUUCCACCACCUUCUCACAACCCCACCAUCUCCUCAAACCACCGUCUUCCGCCGCCAACACCACUGCAACCGAAUCCAUCGCCCUCACUCCGCCACUCCCAACCGCCGCCCUCCCACUCCCACCACCAGAAUGCACUCUCUCUCUCCUCAACAACUCCUUCGCUUACACCUACAAUCAACCUCCUUACACCGUCCUUUACUCGCCGCCGGCCGUUUGUCCUCCUCCGUGGUCUCACGUCGUGCUCCAACUUUCCGGCGAGGUUUCCGGUGAUCAGUAUGAUCGUAUUGCCGGAGUUUGGCUUUCUGGGGUUGAGAUUCUCCGGACUAGUACCCCUGAACCUUCUGAGAAUGGAACUUUCUGGAAUGUUGACAAGGAUGUUACUAGGUAUUCCUCUGUUCUUGAACAAUCUAAUGUUUCUCUUUCUAUGAUGCUUGAGAAUUUGGUCAAUGAUGAAUUUACUGGGAUUUAUAAUAUUAGUCUUACUAUGUUGUUUUAUAAGGAUGAUGUUGUUGCCGAAAUUAAGAGUCGGAAAUUAGGGUUUGGUUCUGGGGUUAGGGUAGGGUUAGAAUCUGGGGUUUUGGGUAGUGGGGUUUAUGAUGAACCAGCUGAUUUGGUGAUUCCUGUUGGUGAAGAAGGUGAUCAGGGGUAUUGGUUUAGGAUUGAGAAUGAAUCUGAACCAGGUUUUAAGAGGGUUGCGAUUCCGAUGAAUUCUAAGAGGAUUGUGCUUGAAUUGUAUGUUUCAUUUCAUGGGGAUGAUGAGUUUUGGUACUCGAAUCCUCCUACUCAAUACAUUGAAAUGAAUAAGUUGGAUACUCGUCGAGGGAAUGGUGCAUACAGAGAGGUUUUUGUUAAGAUUGAUGGGAAGUUGGUGGCAUUUGAGGUGCCGUUUCCAGUUAUCUUUACCGGAGGAAUCAAUCCGUUGUCUUGGGAUCCAAUUGUUGCGAUUGGGGCAUUUGAUCUCCCUUCGUAUGAUAUUGAGUUGACCCCGUUUUUGGGUUCCCUUUUGGAUGGAGAAAGUCAUACUUUUGAGCUUGGGGUGGCUAAUUCGCUUAGUUUUUGGUUGGUUGAUGCGAAUUUGCACGUUUGGGUGGACAAGAACUCGACUCAGGUUGAGGGGAUGGUGGCUGUUAGUGAGCCAUCUGAAUAUGAAGAGUCGCGGGAGUACAAGUUCAAGCAGUUGGAUGGAUCAUUUGAGAUUGAAGCUGAGAGAAAGAGUCAGUCUUCUGGAUGGGUUAAUUGUAGUACUGGCAAUUUUACCACUAGUAUAACUCAGAAAUUGAAAUUCAAGAAUUCGAUUGAGUUUCAAGGAGCUGGUUCACAAAAGACUGUUGAGCAAAAGGUAAAGGUGCAAACAGAAGUGAGGGUGGUAGCAGAAGACGGUACAGUGGUCUCUGUAAGAACAUCAAAACGUCAGUAUCCACUUCAGAUUGUAACUUCAACGAUCCCUGGACCGGAGAUAGAUACAGAGGUGAUGACUACAACCAUAUCAAACGAAUUGAAAGUGAAGUCCACUGAUGGGAAUGUGAAAACAACCCUUCAAAACACUCAAGAAUCAGAGGGUUCAAUGAUGGUAAAGGACCAUUCAGUUCUUUCCGGUAGAGCUGUAACUCGUCAAACUUUGAGCUGGAAGGGAAGUAGCUGCUUUUCAAGGAACGCUGAGGCAGCUGAUGGGAUACUUCUAAGGGAUGAUUCAAUUGUCGCUUGCUCUUCUCUCAACAAUGAUCACAAUGAUUUAUUGAGUGCUUGGUAG